CCUCGCCGCUUUCUCUCUUAGUUUGUUUGUUCGUUUUGAUUUUUUGUUUACUCCUUGUAACAGCAGCGCGCGCGCCAGCCCCACCGUUUGGAACGUCGUUGUUAUUCGGUAUUUUGGGGAACACUUUGUGUGUGUGUGUGUGGUGCUAACCUCCAGUGUCGCGCGGCGGAUGACUAUUUGCCACGACUUGGACUCGGGGAUUGUCAGAGUCUGCGUCCUCGCGCAGAAUGGGAGCUAAAGUGACAAGUCGCUCGCGACGUGGAGCAACGCGUGGAUCUUUGCGCAGGUAAAACGCUCAUUGACCAGAGAGCGUGCCCGGCUGGGAUUUAUUCUUUUUUUAAUUUUUCUAAUAUGGGAUGUCCUAAUCGUGUAGAUGCCUUUUUUUCUUCAAAAGUGAAUUUAAACGGCCACUGACUUUUGUCGCUUCAACCCGGUGUGGCGACUUUCCACAUUUUUGAGAAAGAACGGCUCACUUGGACUCAUUAAUUGCCUGAUAGAAGACUUUGUUUAAUUUUGCCGCUUCCCAGUGGUGAGGCGCACGGAGCGCAUCCACUUCUCUUUAUUUUAUUUGGACUGUUUUUGGAGUGUCCGUUGCCGAAGAACUUUCCACUUUAUCUCCGACCCGCGUGUACACCAGAUUGGGAUAAAACGACGAGAGAAAGGAAAUUAAUUUCCCAGUGGACAGCAUUGGGAUUAUUGGUUUGACAUCGUCUGCACAAGUUGGAUUACAUCUUCCAGCUCCCCGAUUGGCGUGACGAUGAAGUUGGGACUAAAUUGUGUGUGUCGGCCGGCCUGCUGGCCCCUGGGCAGCGUGUUGGACUCCAGACACUGCGUCUUUGCACUCACACUCCUCACGCUCCUCAUGCAGGUGGUGGUGGAGGCCAACUCAUGGUGGUCUUUAGCCAUGAACCCGCUGCUGAUCCCCGAGGCCUACAUCAUCGGUGCCCAGCCUCUGUGCAGCCAGUUGGCGGGGCUUUCGCAGGGCCAGAAGAAGCUAUGCCAGCUCUACCAGGACCACAUGCAGUACAUCGGCGAAGGUGCAAAGACGGGCAUCAGAGAGUGUCAGUACCAGUUCAGACAUCGCCGCUGGAACUGCAGCACAGUGGACAACUCUUCCGUCUUUGGACGGGUCAUGCAAAUAGGCAGUCGAGAGACGGCCUUCACCUACGCCAUCAGCGCAGCGGGGGUUGUGAACGCAGUGAGCCGCGCUUGCAGAGAGGGGGAGCUGUCCAGCUGCGGGUGCAGUCGCGCCGCUCGGCCCAAAGACCUGCCGCGAGACUGGCUGUGGGGCGGUUGCGGAGACAACCUCAACUAUGGCUACAGAUUCUCAAAGGAGUUUGUGGAUGCCCGUGAGAGGGAGAAGACCUACCCGAAAGGCUCGCAGGACAGCGCGCGGCUUAUGAUGAAUCUUCACAACAACGAGGCUGGAAGACGGACUGUGUCCGAUCUUGCGCACGUGUCAUGCAAGUGCCACGGGGUCUCGGGCUCUUGCAGCCUUAAGACCUGCUGGCUGCAGCUGGCUGACUUCCGCAAGGUGGGCGACGCCUUGAAGGAGAAGUACGACAGUGCCGCAGCCAUGAAGCUCAACUCUCGCGGGAAGCUGGUGCAGAUGAACAACAAGUUCAACCCCCCUACCAGCCACGACCUGGUGUACAUCGAGUCCAGUCCAGACUACUGCCUGAAGAACCAAAGCACUGGCUCCCUGGGCACAGUGGGGCGUCUUUGCAACAAGACCUCCGAGGGGAUGGAUGGCUGCGAGCUGAUGUGCUGCGGUCGCGGUUAUGACCAGUUCAAGGCCCAGUUAGUGGAGCGUUGCCACUGCAAGUUCCACUGGUGCUGCUAUGUCAAGUGCAAGCGUUGCACCAAAAUCGUAGACCAAUUCGUCUGCAAGUGAGACUCGAGCUGCAAGCGAAGGAGUCCAAGACGGAGAGCGAAUGGAAGAGAGAAACUAUAUAAAUGAUAUUUAUAGAGUUAAACAACUAUGCCAUUGCAAAAAAAGACUUGACUUUUUUUAUUCUCCCCCCCUCCCCAAGUAAAUCACGUUAUCAGGAACUGAGAGUAUCAUGAAAUAUUUAUUUUAAAAUUGUUUUAUUUUGGCCCAGCUGAUUUUAAGCCCUACAAGUGCCUCAAUUGGCUGGAAACACCUCUUCCUAACGAUUGAAUUUGUUCUGGAAUUUUUAUCUUUUGUGACAUUUCUCUGAUGGAUCACAAAAUGGGACCACGCUUUCCAUUUUCUAAGAAAAAGUAGUGUGAUACUUGACGCGCGGUUGACUUCAAAGUCCUGUUUUGUUGUACGGCUGCGUUGACAGGAGAAUGCCUGCGUGUUGUAUGGAUGGAUGUGUUUUCAUGGGCCCCUUCCCAAACCAGCUCUCGCAUCCCCAAUCCCAACUUCUCAACUCAUGGAGCAGGAUGGAUCGCGUUCGUUUGUGUGAGUCCAGAGAGGAAAAAUGGGUUCAGACAAAGGACGUUUUGGGGGGGCUGGGCUAUUUAUUAAGCUGUCCCGAAAGCCCAAGCGAUCCGCAGGUGCUGCAGAAGCCCUCCACCAUGAUGCACUUUUGAAAUACAGAGGCUUAAACUUAGUCUGUAUGUCUUUUCAGCUGUUUUUUUUUUUUUAAUACUGCAGUGCAUCACUUAAUGUAUCCAUAUUAUAGCCAACACUGUCUUCCAUAUUAAAUCAGCUUAUUCAAUUACCAUAGUCUACAAUACAUAACCUGGUUUGGAUAUAUAUGGGCAAGUCUUUGAUUACAUUGGUGAAAUAGUUCUGUGUAGAUGGUAUAUUCAACCGAUCAGUAAACUGUAUUUAUUUUAUUUUGUUUUUAAACCGGAUCCACCACUAUCGCAGCAAAAUACGACUCCUUUAGUUGGACACUCUGUAUGUGGAAAUCACUUUUAAAAAGUUGUCACUCACUCUCGCGAAUCUUCACAAUUUUUGUAAAGGGAAAUGCACCUUAUAUGUCAACUCAGUUGUUCCUACUCACUCAUGGUCUGUGUUGGUGUUUGACACAUUUUACAUCGGAUGGUCCAAUUCCCAAUCGCCGCAUUUUUUUCAAUACCACUCGUAAAGUCAACUAUCUCCACCGGUCCAACUAAAUUUAUGUAUAUUUAUAAGCUUCCUCUGUCAGUUUGAGGUUUGUUAAAUUUCAUGUGUAACGGCAAAUAUUUUGUGAUAUUUUACAAAUUGGCUAAAUGUUCAACUUUGUUUCAAUAAAUAUAUGAAACCCGACUAUUUACUCA